AUGGCGAACCCAUACCCUAUUUUCUUGAAUGUGCAUUUACACUAUAACGGUGUUUUUACAAGACACCCACAUAGAUAUACUGGUGGUGAAACGUUCAUGUUUACUGAUCAUGAUUUCUAUGGAAUGGAUUUACAUGGGUGUUGUGAAUUUCUAGAAAGGUUUGUUGGAGAACCUUUUGAGAAACUUUAUUACUCAUCACGUGAUCUCACUAUGGCAAAUGGUCUUAGGGUAAUAACUAAUGAAAUGGAUUAUCAAGUGUUUAUCGUUGUUUCUUAUCAAUCACCUGAAAGGUCAAUAGACCUGUAUUUAGAUCAUAUUGGGGAAGGAUUUGAGGACUGGUUCGAUGAAGAAAGUGAUGAAAGUGGCUAA